GUGUGGUUCCAGAACAAGCGCAGUAAGGAACGACGCAUGAAGCAGCUCUCUUCUAUGGGCAUGCGCGCGCACCUGUUCGGAAACCCGCGGAAGCUGCGAGGAAUGCGCAUGUCGCCCAGCAUGGAGGACGGCUUCCCUUACUACGGCGACGCCUUCGGCUACGGUCCCCAGGGCUUCCACGACUUCUUCCCGGGACAGGGCCCUCCGCCGCCGCCUGGCAUGGCCUUCCCGCACGGCUUGCCGCCGUCGAUGGAGCAGCCGCUGCCCCCUGGAGGACCCAUGAGUGACUUCCCUGGCCUGGGCGGCCUGGGGGCGCCGCCCGUGUCCGAGGGCGGUCAUUUCAUGACGCAGCCGCCAGACAUGCUCUCUCUCUCCCAACGCUCCUCCCCAGACGGCAUGAUCAUGGCGCAUGGUGGUCAAAGCGGUAACUUUGACCACCAGGUGAACGAAGGUCUGGUUUGGUGACAUGAAGCUGACCUCUGAUGACGUCAGAGACCGUACGAGGUGGGAGCGGGCGAGGUCAGCGGAGGGAUCACGCCACUGCUAACUCGCUACCUACCCGGACACAAGGGGCCUCCGCCCCCGCCCACACCCGCCUCCCCGCCCCCGCCACACUCCCCGACCUCCUUCUCUGCCCUGGUGGAAUGUUCAAAACAAAAAUAAACAAUAAGGGGGGAGAGAUGACAGCUGUGUUUAAACUGACGGGUGCCUAAGCUGUGAGGUUAGGUAAAGGCCCAAGAGACGGCUACUGUGACGGCUUGCCCUACUGUUCCGUAGGACAAGACCCCCGGCCUCCCCUAGGGGCUGCCCUGCCCCCUUUCCCCCUGUGCGUGCCCGUCUAGAACAAUGCCACUGAUCUUGAACUUGACCCAAAUGGGGUCUGCUCUAGAUAAUGGCCGUGAGUGGAAGUGUGAGUGUGUGGAGAUGAGUGCGGCCUUGCACGCCCCGAGUGUGGGGCCACUCCUUGCCAACAUCCUCCUCUUUAUCCACAACAUCAUAAAAGUGGCAGUAAAUGCUUAAUGAGAGCUGGGAGUGGAUGGAACUGGCGCCCUCAAGUGGUUUGUGUUUUAUGGUGCAUGGAAGUUUAUUGUGUUUAUAGUGGUGGAUCUGGGCGCUGGACUGACGGAGCCGCCGGCCCACUGUGACGCUAAGACAAAAAAGCCAACAUUGACCACCACACUCACCGUCGUGUCCAGCUCACCCGCUCCCUCCACUACCGACAACCACUCACGGCAACAUUGGAAAAUAAAACAGACACAAAUUUUCAAAACAUUAUAGCAAAGACUUUAUUAUUGCUUGAAAAGACAAGAAAGAAAAAAUGAGAAAAAUGGUUUGAGCCACAACCGUUCCACUUAGUCUCCUUUCUCCAUGGUCUUGAAGUGAAUAACAAGUGAACGGCGAGGAGCGGAGCCUCCCGGCGAGGUCAGGUCACCAGAGGUCAUACAGUGUGUGUUCUAUGUUCCUAUGUAUAGGUGUAGCCGGGAUGUCGCGGUCAACCCCAGCAUGGAGUCCCAUUACUACCACCUUCCUCGUGCAUUGCUCUGGCUCAUCCCCCUAAUUCCUGUGAUGUGUUUUUAAAUCAAGGAGCGCUAAAUUAUGUGGAAUAAUAUACCAAUAUUGUCAUAAACCCAACGAUAAUUUGCCGUUGGUGAGAGCGAUGUGAGGGGCUCCUAUGCUCUGGGUACCGGGCCGCCUGGCCGGCCAUUUUCUUCGAAAACCCGCGUCCCGACGGGCAAGUAAAUGCGCUAGUAACGUCUAAUAUACGCUAGUAACGUUUAAUAAACGUUAUCAACGUUAAUUCAGCGUUACAUUACAGUCAUUUACCCACACUUGCCCCGAGGGGGGCGGCGUCGGUUUUCGCUCCUAACCUUGAAUGCCCUUAGAGAAGCUAUUUUGGUACCCUUCACCCCCUUCUCCCCCCCCCCCACUCCACACCCCCUCACACAGGUCCCCCCCCCCCCCCAUUUUGUCCCCCAGAGACCAUGACACGAAACAACCAGAGACUGAGAACUGUGUCCUGGUGUUGUGUCUCACACGGGAGCACUCUUAACAUCAAUCACAUUAUGUAUUAGAACGAAGGCUUAGGCCGUAUUCCUGUUUGAGUUUGAAACCCAAGAAAACCAAUGAAUUAUAAUUUAAUUCAACUUGUUUUUCUACAGACAGUAGAUAUUUUUUUUUUGGCCAGAGUUCAAAUGUAUAUGUAUAUGUUAUAUAUAUACAUAUACAUAGAGUAUAUUAAUACAGUAUAAUCAAAAGUACUUUUCUCUAGGGUUUCAGACUAGAGAAACAGGUCAGGUGGGAGAGCUGAGAGCUUCACUAGUGUUCCUGUCUCUACUCCCUCCGUCAGGGUGUCGUCAGGCACCUUGUGUACAGCACCGUCGACACUCAUUUCCUUCACCCUCAAGACAACUACCUUCACUCACAACACAAACGUUUGCACUCACAACACAAACGUUUGCACUCACAACACGAACGUCUACACUAAACAACUUAACUAUUGGUUUAAGAGUUACGAAUAUAUAGUAAUGUCUUACUCCCUCAAACCAGAACACCUGCAAGAGAGAGAGACAAGAAUUACGGGCUCGCCAUAGCCCGUGCUACCUGGAACUUUUUGUUCCAGGUAGCGAAUCUUAAACAACAACAACCACCACCUGCAGGAGGUGACUGAGGAAGCAGAAGGGUGACGGCGGGUUGGAAAUAAUACCGUCACACGCUGGUUGUCCCGUCUUCAGUAACGCGUCAACACUCACCAGGGCUCACUCACGGUAUACUUAACAAUGUCAUUAUAUAUGUACGUACAGAUAUGUGUUAGAUGUGCCGUUAAGAAUAUUUACAUUGGUAAAUUAAUUGGUUGGUUCUUUCAUAGAGCAAAUUACUUCAAUAUGUUAUAUAUAUAUAUA